AUGAGGAUAUUUUCUUGUCGCCAGUUUCCUCUACACCUGUAUUCACUACCAGAGUUCGCGCCAGUUUGCAAAACGAAAACUAGAUUAAGUUGUCAAUACUAUGUAUUACGGCACAAUCAGUUGCAGUCCCGUGCAUCACACAGUAAGGGACAUAGGAGCCCGACCAACACCACCGAUCUCAUCACAAAAGGAAAAUUGGGUUUACUACCGGUCAGACACAUAUCCUCGUCAUCGCGAACAUUGCACCCGUCAUCUUCACUUUCGCCGAAACCCUCUCCGACUUCGCAAACACCAAAUGUGAAAUACACGCCGCCAAAAACAGGGUUGCUAAGCGUGCUCCCCAAGCCGUGGAUUCCAUAUGCGGAGCUGAUUCGUCUUGAUAAACCAACAGGAACAUAUUAUCUGUUCUUCCCUUGCGCCUUUUCGACGCUACUUGCCGCACCCCUAGCGUCACCAAUGGCGCAUCCCUUGGAGGUUGCGUCAGUAUGCGCCAUGUUCUUUGUGGGUGCUCUGGUCAUGCGAGGAGCUGGUUGCACCAUCAACGAUCUAUGGGACAGGAAUUUAGAUCCCCAUGUCGAAAGAACCAGGCUACGGCCUAUAGCAAGGAAAGCGAUAUCGCCGCAGAAUGCACUAGUUUUCACGGGCGGUCAGCUUCUAGUGGGUUUAGGCGUUCUCCUUCAGUUCCCUACCACGUGUCUGUGGUAUGGCAUUCCAAGCUUAUUGUUUGUGGCUACAUAUCCCUUGGCCAAACGAGUGACGAACUAUCCUCAGUUUGUCCUGGGGUUGACUUUCUCAUGGGGAGCUAUGAUGGGAUUCCCUGCCCUGAAUAUAGAUGUUCUGGGAGACACAAAUGUCAUGCUAGCAGCAUCUAUGUUGUAUUCGAGCUGCGUAGCGUGGACUGUGCUAUAUGAUAUGAUUUACGCACAUAUGGACAUCAAAUAUGAUGCCGCUGCUGGCAUUAAGUCUAUUGCCUUGAAACAUGAACACAACACCAAGGCCAUACUCUCUGCUUUGGCUGUAACCCAGGUCGGUUUGCUAGCAGCAGCUGGCGUGGCUGUGAAUGCCGGCCCCAUUUUCUUUAUUGGAAGCUGUGGUAGCGCUAUUGCCUCCCUCGCCACGAUGAUAUGGAAAGUCAAGUUGAAGGAUGUUGAGGAUUGUUGGUGGUGGUUUAAGAAUGGCUGCUGGAUUACAGGUGGUGGAAUAACCCUUGGAUUACUGGGCGAAUAUCUCGCCCAGGUCUUUGGAUUGUAUGAGACUACCGAUUCCGCGAUUGAAGGAAACCAGGGCAAGGAGGAACUAUAA